AUGGACACGGUGCGCAUUGCGGUCGUCGGAGCUGGCGUGAUAGGGCUGUCAACGGCUGUGUGCAUUUCCCAGCUGGUCCCCCGAUGCUCUGUGACGGUCAUCUCAGACCAGUUCACUCCCAAUACCACCAGCAAUGUAGCAGCUGGGAUGCUUAUUCCUCACACUUAUCCAGACACGCCUGUGCCCACGCAGAAGCAGUGGUUUACAGAGACCUUCCGGCACUUGUCUGCAAUCGCCGAGUCCGCAGAAGCUGCAGAUGCGGGUGUUCACCUGGUGUCUGGUUGGCAGGUGUUUCGGAAUGUCCCCACCGAAGAGGCGCCUUUCUGGGCUGAUGUCGUUCUGGGAUUUCGAAGGAUGUCAGAAGCUGAGCUGAAGCGAUUCCCUCAGCACGUGUUUGGUCAGGCUUUUACAACUCUGAAGUGCGAGACUUCUGCCUACCUCCCAUGGCUGGAGAAAAGGCUAAAGGAACGUGGAGGUCUGCUACUCACCAGGAGAAUAGAAGACCUGUGGGAGCUGCAGCCAUCCUUUGACAUUGUGGUCAAUUGCUCAGGCCUGGGAAGCCGACAGCUGGUAGGAGACUCCAUGAUUUCCCCUGUAAGGGGCCAAGUGCUGCAGGCACAGGCCCCCUGGGUGAAGCAUUUCAUCCGAGAUGGGAGCGGUCUGACGUACGUUUAUCCUGGUACAUCCUACGUCACCCUGGGAGGCACCAGACACAAAGGAGACUGGAAUCUAUCCCCAGAUGCGGAACUUAGCAGAGAGAUUUUCUCUCGAUGCUGCGCUCUCGAGCCCUCCCUCCGCAGAGCCUCUAACAUAAAGGAGAAAGUGGGUCUGAGGCCCAGCCGGCCAGGGGUGCGUCUGCAGAAGGAUUUGCUAGUCCGAGGGGGACAGAGGCUGCCUGUGGUCCACAACUACGGCCAUGGGAGUGGGGGCGUCUCAGUGCACUGGGGCUCUGCUCUGGAAGCCACCAGGCUGGUAAUGGAGUGGAUCCAUACUCUCAGGACCCCAGCUACUAUGUCAAAACUGUAGCUAACACCAAACGACAGCAAAUAACCCCAGGCGAUAUCGGCCAACGCACCGCGUAAGGUCCGUAACGGUCCUCAUAACGUCUCCACUGCUUGAAAGUUGAAUUUGACCUUCUUUGUUUUCAAAAUUAAAAAUCAUGCAACACAUAGCAGUAGUCUCAGAAAGCUUGUCACUAACAAUGCAGGGCACAAAGCUCUGUUUUUGUCAAAAUAUGUGUUAUUAAAAAAAUACUUGUUAUAUAGGGUAAUGUUUGGGAAGGAUCUAAUGCCAAUUUGUAUGAAUGAUGUAAAUGAUAGGGAUUUUUGUAUCUUUAGCUCAUAAACCCGUAAGAGGAGACAAGGUGUGGGAAACACUUGUAUCCCCGUCAGCUGUAGAGCUGUGCACGAUCCUCUUAGGUCAUAGAGCCAACCAAGUAAGUAUUGUCAACCCUGUAGAUAAGAGCACACAGUCCGGGCCUCCUGUGUGUAGCUGAAGGCCAAGCAUGGUUAUGGCAGCCCUGGCGGCAGCCGCUCCCUCCCCUCCGCAGGUAAUGAUAGCAGAAGAUGGAGGUGGAGGGGCCCAUGAAAGUGGCACCAGUUAAGGAGCAGCUGCGUGUCUGUCACUGCGUGUGUUUCAUUGUUUUUGGGACCAAGCGCUUAGCGGAAACAACCUAAAGAAAUACUUUGCUCAUUGUUUUGGUCCAUCACGACAGGGAGGGCCCUUCAGGACAAGCUGUUCCACUCACGCCUGAAAGCAAGAAUGCAAGAAAGCAGAGUGGAGAGGCAGCAGGAAGGAUCGGGGCCAGAUACAGCCUCUCCCCCCACACCAGGUAUCUACCCCCUCCAACCAGCCCCCACUUCCUAAACUUCUCCCUUCUCCCAAUAGUUCAUUCUUGAAUUCAUCAAUGGAUUAAGUCAUUGAUUAGGUCAUCUGUAUCUACCCUCAGCCCCACCCAAAGGGGUGCUUUAGUACUCGCCUAAGCAGUCUCCCAUCUUGUCAUGCUGACAAUAGGAAUUUACCCUGACAGUCACCUCGGCUGCAUAUUUCAUUACCACAAAUGAUCGAGAGCUGGCUGACUGCAUAGUGAAUGAGCAUUGUUGAAGAUUGAGUAGUCUAUGCAACCAAAAAGCUAAUUUGCUAAUGGAGACGGAACAGUCAUUUUAAAUGACAUACAAUACAAAGUAUUCUUCAUG